CUGACAAUAUUACGUUUUCUCAUCAGUAACCACACAAAAGAUGAAAAGUAAGGAGAUAGAGAUGAUCAAGCACCAAUCACAAUCGUCCAGCUCAACCAAAACAUAGGACAAACGUGAAUCAUCGUAACCUCGUCUGCAACAUAGUUCUGCCCUCUUCUUUCUUAAUUCGUACAAAACCAAAAUAUCUUUAUCCAGAUAAUUUUCUUUGCUGUUUUUUUUUUUUUUCCUCUCGACAAUUUCCAACAAAAAAUAUAAAAUAACAGAAUUUUCCAUCAGUAAAGUGGCUUCUGCAUUAAUUAUUUUUUUUUUUAGUAAAAUAAUAUAGAAUUUUUAAAGUAAAAAAAAUUCUCUGUGUUAUCGACAAUGGCGGAAAUAUCGACUCCCCAUGUGCGCUUCACCAGAUAUUAAUAUCCACUGCUUUUACACUCCCUUACUUUCUCUGCUCUUUUCAUUUCCCCAAACGAUGUCCCUUAUUUUUGAAAGGCAUGGUAAUACUGGUUCAAUCAGACGCUCAGGGUUUGUUCAGGGGAUGCAGUGUAUCUCGGUCCAUGAUUCGCCGGAGGAGAAAAGCGAGGAUCGGAGGAGGUUGUUGUCGAUGGAGGCGAGAGAAGAGGAUGAUUUGGGGUCUUGUAGUUCCUCAUCGAUCGGAAGGAACAGUGAUGUUUCCGCUGAAUCUUCAUCGGAAGGUGAAGAUUCAACGGAGGCUGAAGUGCAAAGCCAGUUUAAAGGACCUUUGGAUACCAUGGGUGCUCUAGAGGAGGUUUUGACUAUGAGAAGAGGCAUAUCCAAGUUUUAUAAUGGCAAAUCAAAGUCCUUCACAAGUCUGGCUGAUGCUGCUGCUGCUUCCUCUGUUAAAGAUUUUGCAAAGCCAGAUAAUCCCUAUAAUAGGAAACGCAAAAACUUAUUAGCUCAUAGUUAUUUAUUGGACAAGAAUCGUAAUAAUCCUUUGAGAAACAGUGGAAGUGAGAUAUCAAAGAGACUAGCCAACUCCAAUAGAGGCACUGUGGCUCUUGGAGCUACUACAAGCAGCUCUGACUUCAACUCAAUCUCAUCAUCGCCAUCUAGCUGUCUUCCACCUCUGCAUCCACAGUGUAAAAAAUCAGCUACCAACAGAUCAUCAUCACCGACUACUCAACUGAACCCUCCUUGCCGGUCUUUCUCCUUGUCUGAUCUACAGUUUGUUGCUGGUGUAACUCCUAACAUAGCUGGGUUGGCUGUUCGUAAUGGCAACAAGGACAACAAACUGCAUUGAAUUUAACUGAAGUACACUUUCAGAAUUGUGAAACUGGAAGUCGCCAAAAUGUUUAUGGUGUUGGACUUGGAGAAUGUCACUUAUCACCUCCUGCUUUGAUCUAAUGCUUGUACUCUUAAUGCUAGGUAUUCUGUGGCCAUGCAUUUUGAGAACUAAUUCCUGCUGUAACAUUUUCAUCUCUUGUUUGCUUUGAGAUGGUGAUGAGAAUGCUUUAUUGUAUAAUACAAAUAGUAAAAUUCAUUCUCUUCAUAAGAAGCAAAUGUUGGCCUUUUUCUCAUUUCUCAGUGAUACCAAUCACUAUUUACAUAAUUACAUGUUACUGCAGUAGCAGUGCAGUUUUUCCUUUUCCUCCUCUCGACCUUCUUCAACAUUGCGUUAUUUUUCUUCUUGUAUAGAGGGUGCUGGUUAUAGUACUAUGAUCUGUGAUUUAGAGUGACUGAUUCCACGGGGUCGUUAGUUCAGGUCGUCCUUAUGGUUUAUGAUUUUUGCCAAUUCCUGUGGCUAAUAGUGGAAUUUACUAUAUAGGUCAUCAGCAGCAUGGAAGAGAUCCCAUUUGCUAAUUUGGCUCUCUAUGCUUUUGCAAUGCAACUUGGGAAAGACUUUUGCAAGUUGCAGACAGUUUGAAAUGAGAAAUAAACCU